CUCCCAAGUAGAUGGGACUACAGGUAUAGUUGUUUUUAAAUUUGUUUUUAGUUGACAUUUAACACAUGUAGAAAAGCACAGACAGACAUCCUUGGUGUAAAGUCUGUACAUCACCAGAAACACACCCUUGGGAGCCACCACCCAAGAGAAGCAGCACAAGGCCACCCCCCUAGAAGUCCCCCCCUAGCAGCUCUUCCCUCCCCUCUCUCAGGGCUUUUACUGUCCAACAGCCUGAACUUCUAACACCAUGGGUCCCUUUUGCCUGGCUUAAACUUAAUUGACCCUGGAAUAUAUCAGGGGGCCACCUGAGUCUAUGCCAGUCUAUGCUAUCCUGCUUAACUGGACACAACAGUCAGGGACAAGUUGCUUUCAUUUAGAAGGGUGAGCUUUCAUCUUGACCAGCCAAGAAGUGGUGGCCAGCCAUCCCAGGGCAGGGGAGGGGCAGGGUUGGGGGGCUGGCCUCCGGGGCUCCGUGCCUGGAUGUGAUGUUGAAAUUUUGUGUUGCUUUAACUGCCUUUACUUUCUGAGCUAGGGGCUGUCUCCAUCAGUAGCAAAAGUGUAACUUUGUUGUAGAUGAGCGUAAGCCUCACCCUGGAGAGCGCUAGUGCGGCUUCAGGUGCAGAGCAUGGACAAGCCUCAGUACCGAGGCACUCUGCACUGCUUCCAGUCCAUCAUCAAGCAGGAGAGCGUGCUGGGCCUGUAUAAGGGCCUGGGCUCGCCUCUCAUGGGGCUCACCUUCAUCAAUGCACUCGUGUUCGGUGUGCAGGGCAACACCCUGCGGGCCCUGGGCCACGACUCCCCAUUGAACCAGUUCCUGGCAGGUGCAGCUGCAGGUGCCAUCCAGUGCGUCAUCUGCUGUCCGAUGGAACUGGCCAAGACGCGGCUGCAACUGCAGGAUGCGGGCCCAGCGCGCGCCUACCGGGGCUCCCUGGACUGCCUGGUGCAGACCUACCAGCGCGAGGGCCUGCGUGGAGUCAACCGGGGCAUGGUGGCCACGCUGCUGCGCGAAACGCCUAGCUUUGGCGUCUAUUUCCUAGCCUAUGAUGUGCUGACGCGCUCGCUGGGCUGCGAGCCAGGUGACCGCCUGCUGGUACCCAAGCUGCUGCUGGCAGGUGGCACGGCGGGCAUUGCAUCCUGGCUCUCCACCUACCCUGUGGAUGUGGUUAAGUCGCGGCUGCAGGCUGACGGGCUACGAGGCGCCCCGUGCUACCGCGGCAUAGUUGACUGCAUGCGCCAGAGCUACCAGGCAGAAGGCUGGCGCGUCUUUACGCGGGGGCUGGCGUCCACGCUACUGCGUGCCUUCCCGGUCAACGCUGCCACCUUUGCCACCGUCACCGUGGUGCUCACAUAUGCGCGGGGCGAAGAGGCCCGGCCUGAGGGCGAGGCUAUGCCUGCCACUGCGGCUGCCCCUUCAGGGCCCACCCUGGCCCAGCCCUCUAGCCUGUGAUCACCACCCUGCUUCCCCUGGGGGCCACUUUUCAGAAACUUGUCAUAGGCUAAUAGCUCAGCUCAAAUGCAGUGGGCCUGGGUUGAAUUUUGCUCAUCAGCUGGGUGACCUUGACAACGAAUUUCACUCCACUGGCCUCAGUGCCCUCUCAUGUAUGAAAUGGGGACCCUGAUGCCCCCAUCAUAUAGUCUGGAAGGUCAGAGAUGAUGAAUCUUACGCUGAGCCUAGCACCGUGCAUGGCCCAGUCAGCACUAUGCCUGGAAAUGUUACUUGGGAUACCUCUGCCAGCCCUGGCAUCCUGGCUACCACCUCUGUGCGCCUGUCCUGCAAGCUGGCUCCCAUGGGUCUGUGAUGAGCCACCAGUGGCUGUCCAGGGGCCUGCUGACUCUUGUACCCUCCACCUGGCUGAGCUCCAGGGAGACUUCUUGGCCACCUCCCUGAUCUCUGUUAGGGACAGAGGGCAGCUUGGAGUGCCUUCUGGUGUCACAGAACUGGUUGCUCUGCUGGUGCACCAUAGCUUUUCCAUGUGCACUACUACAUGUGGUAUGGCCAGCUGCUGGUCCUAUUGGAGGGUAGACCAGGAAGCCAUUGGGUCUGCUGGGGCCCCUGGGCUGGGAGGGGAGUGUGCACAGGCCAGUGGAGGGAGGUCUUUGCAGUUAAAUUGUGAUACAGCUGUGGCAAGGGGACAUCCUUUCACCUUCUGGCCUCUGGCUGUCCAUCUGGAAAAUGGUCAGGACAUGGGCUGCCUUAUGGCUGCCUGGGUCUCUGGCCCAUCCCUGCUAGUCAGAGAUCCCAAGGUGCAUGCAGAGGGUCCCACAGAGAGCAGCAUGGGCUAGUCCUUCCCUGGGCUUGCACAGCACAGGCCACAAGCCAAAGGUCAGUUCUCCCAUUCCCCAGUAAAUGAUGUCUCCUAAGCAGUCUCUUCAGUGCCUGGGGUCCCUGUGUGGGCACAGAGGGCCUGAUUGUGGACACAGAGCUGACCAUUUGGGGCAGAAGAGGGUUCCAGGCUCUGCAUCCUGGGGAAGUGGGCCCAUAUCCCGAGAGGCAGGCUAUGCCCAGUGUGGACAGGACUCAGCUCUGUGCAGCAUGGUAUUAUUGUACAGAAACCAC